GGGGCGGGGCCUAGCCAGCCUGGGCGGGGCCAGGCCUGCACCGGGCCAGGCAAGAUGGCUGCCGUGGAGCCGGAGUCCGCGCCUCUGACCCUAGAAUCGCUGCCCACCGACCCCCUGCUGCUGAUCUUAUCUUUCUUGGACUACCGGGACCUAAUCAAUUGUUGCUACGUCAGUCGAAGACUUAGCCAGCUAUCAAGUCAUGAUCCUCUGUGGAGAAGACAUUGCAAAAAAUACUGGCUGAUAUCUGAGGAAGAGAAAACACAGAAGAAUCAGUGCUGGAAAUCUCUCUUCAUUGAUACUUAUUCUGACGUAGGAAGAUACAUUGACCAUUAUGCUGCUAUUAAAAAGGCCUGGGAUGAUCUCAAGAAAUAUUUGGAGCCCAGAUGUCCUCGGAUGGUUUUGUCUCUUAAAGAGGGCGCGCGAGAGGAAGACCUAGAUGCUGUGGAAGCUCAGAUUGGUUGCAGACUUCCCGAUGAUUAUCGAUGCUCGUAUCGCAUCCACAAUGGGCAGAAGUUAGUGGUUCCUGGGUUAUUGGGAAGUAUGGCGCUGUCCAAUCACUAUCGUUCUGAAGAUUUGUUAGACGUGGAUACAGCUGCUGGAGGCUUUCAGCAGAGACAGGGACUGAAAUACUGUCUCCCUUUAACUUUUUGCAUACACACUGGUUUGAGUCAGUACAUAGCAGUGGAAGCUGCAGAGGGCCGAAACAAGAAUGAAGUUUUCUACCAAUGCCCAGACCAAAUGGCUCGGAAUCCAGCUGCUAUUGACAUGUUUAUCAUAGGUGCUACUUUUACUGACUGGUUUACUUCUUAUGUCAACAGUGUUGUAUCAGGUGGCUUCCCUAUCAUCAGAGACCAAAUUUUCAGAUAUGUUCAUGACCCAGAGUGUGUAGCAACAACUGGAGAUAUUACUGUUUCAGUUUCCACGUCGUUUCUGCCAGAACUUAGCUCUGUACAUCCACCCCACUAUUUCUUCACAUACCGAAUCAGGAUUGAAAUGUCAAAGGAUGCACUUCCUGAGAAGGCUUGUCAGUUGGACAGUCGCUAUUGGAGAAUAACAAAUGCUAAAGGUGAUGUAGAAGAAGUUCAAGGACCUGGAGUAGUUGGUGAAUUUCCAAUCAUCAGCCCUGGUCGGGUGUAUGAAUACACAAGUUGUACCACAUUUUCUACAACAUCAGGAUAUAUGGAAGGAUAUUAUACUUUCCACUUUCUUUACUUUAAAGACAAGAUCUUUAAUGUCGCCAUUCCCCGGUUCCAUAUGGCAUGUCCGACAUUCAGGGUGUCUAUAGCUCGAUUGGAAUUGGGUCCUGAUGAGUAUGAAGAGAUGGAAGAUGCAGAAGAGGAGGAAGACGAUGAUGAUUCGGCAGAUAUGGAGGAAUCUGAUGAGGAAGACGAGGAGGCGAGGCCCCGGAGACUCUUCGACGUCCCCAUUCGCAGACGCCGCUACUCUCGCCUUUUUUAGCAAAACUCCGCUAAUGGGAGCACUGGAAUGAAUCCAGCCUGUCAAAUAGAUUUCUCAAUAAUGUAAUUAACUAAAUUGUUCUCAGCAUUAUAGCAAGAAAACUAGCAUGAAAUAUUGUUCCAGGCCCUGGGUUCUAUGCAACUGAUUCUUAAUUAGGAAUUGGAUUGUUUGCGUUUACUUUAUAUGUUUUGGGGCAGAGGAGGAAAUGAAAUCUUUUUUUUCUCUCCUAGAAGUCAAUGGGGGAAUAGUUCUCUAGCUAAGGAAUGGCUAUCUCUUUGUUUAAACAUUUUAUACUUAUAAAAAUGUGGAAGUGGAAAGGAAUUGUUUUGAAGAUUUAAAUAUAGCGGAAAUACCUACCCAAGGAUAGAAACUGACGAAAAAUUCUGUGAAACGAUUUCUUGCAGUUGUGAGUUAUUUAGAAAUGAACAUCAUUUGUAAUUAGGCUAAUCCAUUUAGUGGUUCCUAUAUAUUUUGUACUCACAGGGAACUAAUUGACUAAAUAGCUUGAAUGCUGGUUGUUUUGUCCUUUCUUAGACAAUCUGCCCUUGAAUUUAAAAUUUGUAUUACUAUAACCUUGAAUUUAAAGCCUUUAUCACUAUAACCUUGACUUUGAAUUUAGUCUUCAACUCUCCCACCCUUGAAUUUAAUUUAAAAUCUUCAACACCGCAACCUGGAAUUUAAUUUAAAGUCAUCAACAUUAAUAACUUUAUCGUAUUGUUCACAGAUGCAUCAUUUUUGAAAUGUAGAGUGUAAAAGUAUGUAUUGUGUUUAUUAACAAAAAGUUCUUCACAGUGUCUCAUGUCGUCUACAUUUGUAAAUACUGCUUCUGUUUGUUUCUCCUUUAUACAGUUGACUGUCUGACUUUGUGAUAAGUGACAUGAAUUUUAUGUUGAGAUUAAGUAUGUUUUUCUGAAACAUGAAAUUUUUUUUGUAAUUAUAUAAUUGGAAGUUUGGAAUGAAGUUCUCCAAGUGUCAAAAACUCACAUUUUGAAAACAAA